UGUUUAGAGCCCUCACAAACAGCAGCUGCCUACUCACAAAGUUCAGUUAAAUCAGCUAAACCUGUUCAAUGUCCGUCUUUUGAGGCAAAUUGUUGAAGACAUAAAAGUUACAGGAGAAAAUUACAAUAAACGAGGAGGAUACGAGGUAAAACGUGCUGUGUGGUAGGGUUACACAAAUGUCAACAUUUCCCCUCGACAUUAAGAGAGUUGUAAGAGAGUCGCCGGCUGCCAUGUGAUCCGUCUGCCGAUCUCAGCCAGAAUGUCACCCGUCAUUUGUAGCAUGUUGCCCGAUUUCAGCGAAGUUUGCCAGUGAACAGGGUAGCCUCAGCAGGGAGCAACAUGCGCUCCUUAGCGGGACUUGGUGCCAUUGUGGCGGCGGCAAGUGUCCUCCUCUACCUGCUGUCGACUCAUCUUCCCCCGGGAACGACGCACGCCCAGCCGGACUCAGAGGGGGAGGAAGAGGGGGUCAAGGAGUACAGGCUGAAGUUCCCGUCGGACCUGGAUGAGCUGCGGGAGCUUGCAGAGAUGCUCAAGUUUUAUAAAAGAGAACAUCACGGUUACGUUCUGCUGCUUUUCUGCAGCGCCUACCUCUACAAACAGUCCUUCGCCAUACCUGGCUCCUCCUUUCUGAACAUGCUAGCUGGUGCAAUAUUUGGACCCUGGGAGGGUCUGGUGUUGGCCUGCCUGCUCACCACUGUUGGCUCCACAUUCUGCUUCCUGCUCUCCUCUGCGUUUGGAAAGCAGCACGUGGUUCAGUUCUUCCCGGAGAAGGUGGCCCUGCUGCAGCGGAAGGUGGAGGAAAAUCGUAGCAGUUUGUUCUUCUUCCUCCUUUUCCUUCGUUUCUUCCCUAUGACUCCUAACUGGUUCCUUAACAUCACCUGUCCCGUCCUCAACAUCCCUAUGCCCAUUUUCUUCUUCUCUGUAUUCAUAGGUCUGAUCCCGUACAACUUCAUCUGUGUUCGCACGGGCUCCAUCCUCUCAGAGAUCUCCUCCCUGGAUGAUAUCUUCUCCUGGGGGACGCUGGCCCAGCUCCUGGCCAUCGCUCUCAUGGCUCUCCUCCCUGGAGCGCUGAUCAAACAAUACAGCAAAGCUCACCUUGAGGUGGGCGGCAUGGACUGUAACGGACCCAGCCAGGAUGAUACCAGGCAGGAUCGGAAGAGACGAUGAUUCUGGGAUAAAUGGGGAAUCGUAGGGUUUAGGAUUCCCAAACACGACAUUGUGUCUGAAGAACUGAAAAACCUCUCUCCACUGGUAGGCCUGUGACCUGUUGUCCACUUCAGCCUCGUGAUUUCUGUAAGGUCCCAGCAAAGGCUCAUCAUACUUCUAGUACGAUCUGUUCUGAAAGUUUGGAAGUGUCUGCAGGUCAUGUUACACCAGGCUGUAAGACUACAGUUUGCCAAAGAUCUCUCAAUGCCACUAUAUAGAGUUAGAGUUUUAGGGAAAUCUUCUGAGAUGGGCCCUAAAAUUCCUUAGAUUCACAAUAAAACAAUGUCUUAAAAGUUGAGACUGAUUGGUUGCUCUUGAAAGUGCCCAAUAGUUCACAUCCUAGGAAAGAAUUCUGUGAUGAUUAGUGAUAUAGUGAUACAGCAGCUUUAAAAAUAAUGAAAUCAUUUUGGUCGUCUUGACAUCGUCUUUUUUGGUGUUUUAAAAAAACUGAGCAAUGCUCCCAAAACGCACACUUGAUUGUUUUUUGAAUUUCUCCAAACUAUAUCUUCAAUUUCGGUGAAUUGUUGAGAUGAUGUGGAAAGUUCAUAAUCUCUCACUGACAUGAUCACUCUGAUCUCAGUUGGAAUUCAUCUCAGGGCCAACCAAAGGCUGACCUAUGAUGCAAUAACGUGUUAGUGAUAUGUUGUGCGUCAUUACGUUGUUUUGCAUUUCUUUAUCGGUCGACCAUGACUGCAGUUGUAAAUUCGGACCUUCUGUCCAGUGCGUUGCCAUUGUGCCAAGAUAUUACUAGAGCUUUAAAAGUAAUUUGCUCUGUGUAAUGAAUAUAAGAGCUGACCUUGCUGUGGAAAAAUCUGUUCUGGCUUAAACACACUGAUACACUUAGGAGUUUGGAGAUCAGACAAAUAACCAGCUAGACAAUAAUAUCUUUUCUCACAUAUGUUUACUCAGUGACUCAGUUUGCAGCUGUUACGGUUCCAGGAAUUGCAUGGAAAAAACAUUUUAGCACAUUUGGACUUUUAAAUGUCUCACGAUUGA